AUGUCUAAGGUCCGUGGGAGAGUCGUAGGCGGCGACGUUGUCACGGCGGUGGCGGGUUUCCAUGGCCGAGCUCUCCGUCGGGGAUCGCGGUUGGCUAUGGGGAAUUUGGGGCCGUCUUCCUCCUCUCCGCCACCGCUGUCGCCCCAGUUUUCUCCAGCGGCCUUCGGCUUGCUUUUCACUGGGAUCUCGAUCGCAUUGAUGUUGUUUGGAUCGAAUACUUUCAUCAUCAAAUUCGCUAUGAUACCGCUAAAGAUAACGUGGGUUGGUGAUGUUUCGCCGGAUUCGCGUCCGUUUCAUCGGAAAUUGACCGCGCAAUUCUUUAGCAGCCUCCUCAUUCCAGUAACAUUGACCCAGAGUAUUUCGUUUCUGAAGAGCCCUUUUGAGGUUGAUACCUUUGACGUUGGUAGUAAGCGGCUAAGAUUUUCGUACUUGUUGUUCAAACAUGGAAGAAUGAAGCAACCCUAGAGUGACGAUGAAUCUCCGGUCCAUUGCCGACAAAUUAUAGGAAUUUUUUAAUAGUUCCUUCCAUUUAAGUAGAAUAUGGAUUAUGUAUUAGGUUUAAUGAUUUGUGUUGGCAUGAAUAUCUAGACUUUUCUAAUGGUUUUGAUUCCUCUUACUACUAUUUGGUUUAAUUUAUGGGACAGUAUAGUGGA